GGCAGGUUGUGUGGAGGAGAGGGAGGGAUGGCCAUGACCUAGCCUCCUGCUCAUUUUUACUCAAUUUUCACUUCCUGCCUGGCGGAAAAUAGCUCUGCCCCUCUGGCUUAUCUCAGCAAAGAGCAGUGCCCAGCCCAGCUCAGAGGGCAAUGGGACAGGUCCGAUAGGCCCUGAGUCUGUCAGGAACCCGGGCCUCAGAUGUGAGCAUGGAAAGCUGGAAGAGACUGGAGGGAGGAGAGGAAAAUGAUGUCCCUCCUGCUCUGUGUAACCCCAGCUGGGAAGCUCCCUAGGUAGAUCCUCCAGGAGAGCACAUGGAAAUGCUCAACCCACAGCACCUUCUCCCUGCCUGGCAGGACUGUGCUGGUCCCCGGGCUGAGGAAGCGGUGACCCAGAGCAUCCCGGCGGCGCUAACGCUAACGGCCAUGCCCCCUGCAGCCCUACAGCCAGCCCUACAGCCGUAGCCCACACUCCCAGGCGCUGCUUGCUCCGCGAUGGGCUCUGCGCAGCCUCCGGGCCUCGCCCCGGGGACUACCACCAGGCGGGGGGCCCGGCGUGCCCGCUGAUGCCCCGGGCCUAGCUCCUCGUCACGCCCCGGUACCAUGCUGACCGCCUCGGCCAACAGCUCCGUCCCCCCAUGCCCCGACUACCGGGUCACCCACCGCCUGCACAUGGUGGCCUACAGCCUGGUGCUGGCCGCGGGGCUCCCCCUCAACGCGCUGGCCCUCUGGGUCUUCCUGCGCGCGCUGCGCGUGCACUCCGUGGUCAGCGUGUACAUGUGCAACCUGGCGGCCAGCGACCUGCUCUUCACGCUCUCGCUGCCCGUGCGCAUCUCCUACUACGCCCUGCACCACUGGCCCUUCUCCGACCUCCUGUGUCAGACGGCCGGCGCCGUCUUCCAGACCAACAUGUACGGCAGCUGCAUCUUCCUGACCCUCAUUAACGUGGACCGCUACGCGGCCAUCGUGCACCCACUGCGGCUGCGCCACCUGCGGCGGCCCCGCGUGGCGCGGCUGCUGUGCCUGGGCGUGUGGGCGCUCAUCCUGGUGUUCGCCGUGCCCACCGUCCUGGUGCACCGGCCCUCGCCCUGCAGCUACGACGGCGGCCGGGCGCGGCUGUGCUUCGAGAGCUUCGGCGACAAGCUGUGGAAGGGCGGGCUGCUGCCGCUCGUGCUGCUGGCCGAGGCGCUGGGCUUCCUGCUGCCGCUCGCGGCCAUGCUCUACUCGUCGGGCCGGGUCUUCUGGACCCUGGCGCGGCCCGACGCCACGCGGAGCCGGCGGCGGCGGAAGACCGUGCGCCUCCUGCUGGCCAACCUCGUCAUCUUCCUGCUGUGCUUCGUGCCCUACAACGCCACGCUGGCCGUCUACGGGCUGCUGCGGGGCAACCUGGUGGCGGCCGGCAGCGAGGCCUGCGACCGCGUGCGCCAGGUGCUCAUGGUGAUGGUGCUGCUGGCCAGCGCCAACUGCGUGCUGGACCCGCUGGUGUACUACUUCAGCGCCGAGGGCUUCCGCAACACCCUGCGCGGCCUGGGCACUUGGCACCGUGCCAGGACCUUGGCCACCAACGGGGCGCAGGGGGCGCUGGCCGAGCGGCUCACCGAGACCACCUGCAUCGCCGGGCCGGCUCCCGCCAGCCGAGUGCCUCCCGCGUCCUCCCCCGGGGGGACGCCCUUGACCCAGCGCCGGGAGGACUCGGCCCUCUGAAGUGCCCAAUGUGCUGCCGCCCGGUCACCCCCACCUCCCACGCACACGCACACUCGCAGGGUGUGUACAUGAGGGAAGCGGAUUGGGCACUUGGACUUCCGGGUGGCCACUGCUGCCCAUAAAUACACAAGAGAACCAAGUGUGGGGAUCCAGGGGCACAGGGAAGAGUGACGGUAGAAAUGCCUUUACUUUGGUGGUGACGGUGCGGUGAGCCGGGGCAGACCCCUUCCCCAGCCCCGAGGAAGUGUUGCUGUGAGCUUUCCCGGUGCAGCGGCCGACUGGGACCGGAUGACAUGCCCUGGGUGUGGGCAUGAAACACUGUGGAGAGCUAGUAGUUGGAGCAGAAAAUGAGUGUCCUGAAUUUAGACCAACCACGGCAGUCUUAGUGCCUCGGAUGCCACCCACUCUCACUUCCACCUGGCCUUCCCCUGCCCAGCACCGAGGCAUGAGCUUACUGGAUGCAGACAGAAUUGGUUUCAUUCUUGGUUAGUGACUUGUAACAAUUUAGACCUGAUACCUAGCAUGGGGUGUUUGGGGACAGGACAAAACUGUGAGUGAGAAGGUGUUCCCCCUCCCAAGAUUCUGGUCCCUUUAGCCCUUUCUAGGUAUCCUUUCUCCUUCCACCCCACCCCGCUUUUGGGACCCCCUCCAUUCUAGGUCCUAAAUUCUCUCUCUCUGCCUCUGCAGCUUCAUCUAGAAUUAAGGAGAAAAUUCUUUGUACUAAAGUAGCAAUUCUCAGACUCUGUUCCUGACCCUUUUACAACUCUUAAAAAUCGAGGAUUCCAAAGAGUUUUUGCUUAUGCUUUUGAUACCAUAAUAGAAAUUAAAACUCGUAAGUUUUAGCAACAGAAACACACAAGCAACACACUCCAUUAGCUGUGAGAGCAAUAAUGUCAUCACACUUCAUGAAGCUUCUAGAAAACACCGUAAGCAAGGAGAUUGCACAGGACAAACAACAUGGUGGGAGUAGUACUAUUCUGAAAAUAACCUUGACCUUGUGGACAUCCUCAAAGAGUCAGUACUGGAGUUCAUGUGUAACUUCUUCCCAGGGCAUACAUAUACAUUGUUGCUUAUUACUGCCCGAAAGGGCAAUACUCCAUAAAUUAAGUGCUAACUGGAGUACCAAAGUUUUAAGGGUUUGCAGGGGGAGAAGUAGGAGCUGCACAUUCAGUGCAGUGCUACCUUGGGUUUCCUGGUGCUGGGGGCAGCUCUGAGGUGGGGUGAACUAGUCACACACACACACACACACACACACACACACUCAGAGGAGGGGUGGGCUUCUCUUCCUGCAGAGAGAAAAGGGAACUGUUGCCACAGCCAGGAAAGAAGUUUCCAGGGAAAUAAGUGCAAUGGGAGGACAGGAAUAGGCUGUCUGUUCUGAGCAAGCUGGAGGCAAGGAAAUGGAAGACUGGUUAAUGGGCCACCUACGGUUUCCUUCUUCCCUCUUUACCAAGUAGGGCUGGGAGGGGUUGCAGAGUUGGCAUCUUUAGGCUCUGCAUAAGUGAGGAAGUUGCUGCCAUGCGUAUGUCCUGUAUGCAUUUCUGUUUCUGUCUCUAGGUCUCUCAAUGAUGUGUGUGUGCGUUGUGUGUGUGUGUGUGUGUGUGAGAGAGAGAGAGAGAGAGAGAGAGAGAGAGAGAGAGAGAGAGAGAAAGAGAGAGGGACUGUCAGGGUCUUCCCCUGUGUGACUAUGUAUUUUAGUUUGGAGUAAGCCUUUUGUGUGUCUUCAAGAGAUUGCUCCAGAUGGUGAUUUACAGGGGUAAAAUGACCCCUGGUGGCCAAAGCGGGGAACUGACCCAGAUUCCUCCGUGAUAGCUUUCAAGUAGAGCCUUACACCAUCUGGUGGGAAGAUAGAGCCCUGGGCCAGGCCCCCCUGUGGCUCUCCUAGAGGCCUGAUGGUUAGCACCUGCUCCAUCUUGCUUCAUCCUUAGGGUUCAAGACGCAUGCCCCGAGAGCAUAAAAGGUAGUGGUAGUCCAAAGUCUCAGAACUUUGCCCUAUCCAAACUGAACUGAACUGAGUACAGUUUUUAAAAAUUACUUGAGUAUUUUUAUAUUCUGGUAUGUGAACAAAUUCCAAAGUAAUAAAAACUCACAUAGAAAGUAGCAUGCUAUAUAACUAUUUAUUUGUAUAGUUUUUACAGUUUCUUGUCUGUUUCUCCGCCCCUUCCCCUCAGGUAGAAUGUAAGGUCUCUGGGGGGGGGGGGGGAAUUUCUGUUUGCUUGGUUCUCUGUUGUAUCUCCAGCAUCUAGAACAGCGCCUCGCACAAAAGAAGCACUUAAUAAAUAUUUGUUGAAUGAUGAACUGUUGAA